UGAACCUGACAAAUCUCAAUUGCGAGAUCUGCAAAUUACCACGAUGUCAAGCCGUUCGCUCAAGCAAGUACUGUUGAUAACGUUGAUAUUGAAGGAAGUAGAUGGAAACGGAGUGUGGUGCUCGGUGUCAAAGAUCAUACCCUGUUCUGUAUUCACUCAGGCUCAAGGACGCUCAAGACGACAUCGGGCUAGUUCCCGAUCCCUCUUUUUCAUGCCUCAACAAAACCCUCUUCUGAAUCAUCCAGAGGCCAUCAUUCUAGACAAGGACUCACACCAGAGUCUGCUACUUAUGAGAAAUACGAAAUGUCUCUGCGUCUAAGUAUAUGCAGCUGCAACCUGCUGUGGAUUGGAAGAAGAGGCC